AAGAUGACUGGUCGUAGAAAAGCUAGCAAAAGAUUGGGAAAAGGAGGAGCAAAGUGUCAUCGCAAGGUUCUUCGGGAUAAGCUAUCACGUCUGGCUUGUCGAGGCGGUGUGAAGCGGAUCUUAGGUCUUAUCUAUAAAGAAACUCGUGGUGUCUUGAAGGUGCUUUUGGAAAACGUUAUCCGUGGUGCUGUUACAUACACUGAACACGCCAAGCAUAAGCCCGUCACCGUUAUGGAUGUAGUCUACGCACUUAAGCGCCAAGUACGCACCCUCUAA